UCUCUUAAAGCGUGUGACAGUACUGUUAAAUCACCCUGUAUAUUGUCAGUUAGUAUCCUUCUUGUUGUAAUAUAAUUAUAUAAUUGUAAUUAACAGUUAAACGAUCCUCAGACAGUGAAAGUCAGCGCAGAACAUUCAUGUACAACCGACAAAGUUCUGCUUGUAGGCCUGCAAGCCGUCACAUACUUGUGGCAAUUGGGCCUACUAUACUAUAUAAUUGUUCGGUGAAUUAAGAAAUAAAUGCCUGUUUUCAGGUUGAAAUGGUAAACAGGGCGUCAACUCUUCUUGAUAAAUGCCGAUGAUUCGAUAGUAGGCUUUAAACGCGAACUUGCCGGGAAAACGGUUGGCCUAUAAGUAACAUUUCUUGACUACAAAAUCUGCCUUUUCUUUAAGCUCUUAAAUAACCAAACUAUGCAUACAAUUAAUGCCUAUCAACAUCAAAGCUUGGAGCGUCUAUUUAGCCACGUAUGGACAUGACGCAACCAGUGUGUUGACCGGUUACUGAUACCAAGAUCAAGAAGUCAUUUGCACUUGAAAGCAACAACGCCGACUUGUUGGCUGUAGUUUAUGUAGUUUAACGUAGAUUUUGAUGCAUUUUUAGCGAAUAGCGGUAAGCAGACUGGCAGACUGAGUGGCUUGAGCAAGCAGAAUCAAGGAUCGGUGGACUUGCAAAUGAUCACCGCUUUAUGUAUUCGGGCUGAAGCUUUGAUUGCAAUUGGGUCCAAAAUGGGAACCGCCUGGGCAAUUUUCGCUGUACUUUUGGUAUCAGUAGCACAUAUCCAGGCCCUGGACAACGGCCUGGCUCUAACUCCACCCAUGGGCUGGAUGCACUGGCAAAGAUUCCGAUGCGUCACUGACUGCCACGCUUACCCCAAUGACUGCAUCAGUGAGCAAUUAUUUCGCGAUAUGGCCGAUCAUAUGGUGGCCGAUGGGUUCAAGAGCGCCGGUUAUGAGUAUGUGAUUAUCGACGAUUGCUGGGCAAGCAAAGAGCGCGACAAUAACAGCCGGCUUCAGCCCGAUCCUCUACGAUUUCCCAGUGGAAUCAAAGCUCUAUCAGAUUAUGUUCAUGCAAAAGGGUUGAAAUUCGGCAUUUACGCAGACUAUGGGACUAAAACGUGCGCAGGUUAUCCGGGCAGUAUUGAGUACCUGAAAUUGGAUGCUCAAACUUUUGCCGACUGGGGUGUGGAUUACUUAAAAUUGGACGGUUGCCAUUCGGAUGUUUUAUCCAUGGAAGCAGGUAAUUUUGCUAGAUUUUUGUAGCGGCUUUCAUAUUAU